UUCCGGCUGCUCUGAAACAGGGAUUUCCCAUCGUUGGACAUGAAUACAUCGCAUCUGCCCUUAAAUCCAAAUCACUGCUGUAGUUUUCUGCUCAGCAGCUUUAACUUCACGUUCAUUCAGCGUUUUAAAAGCCUGUAGUCCCACCUGCUGUCUCCAUCAUGGCUGAAGCAGUUUAUACUCCCACCACGACCCCAAACCCCGGAAACAGCUUCUGCCUGAUCCCUUCGGCCCACCUGGACAGAAACCGCUUUAUCCUAAAAGUCGUUGAAGUGGUGCUGUCCUUCAUUGCCUUCAUCCUGGAGGAGACGGUGGACAGCUGCUUCACCUGCUCUCCUCUCUACUUCUUUGAGUUCGUCAGCUGCACGGCCUUCCUCUUCACCCUGCUGCUGCUCGUCCUCCUUUCUACUAAGCUGCAUGAAAAGAUUCACAUCGAGGCCUGGCCCACUGUGGUAAGAACCUGGAGAUUGUGUUUCAGUCGCUCUUCUCCACUCUCGUGAGAAAGGUCACUGAGCUUCUGAAUCUGAACAGAGUUCAUGUCUGGCUUUAUUUAGAGUCACUUCCUCUUUCAGAGCACAGUCUUUGUUCAAGCCCACUCCAAACUACAAUAACGACCCGACCGGCAGUCAUUAGAGGAGCAGGUCACUACAUACUAGAGAUGGCACGAUACCACUUUUUUAUGUCCGA